AUGAAUGGAGCUGUAGAAGCCACUAGCAAGAACAUAAAGAAGAUUCUAAGGAAAAUGAUUGACAAUCAUAGAGGUUGGCACGAGAUGUUGCCAUAUGCUUUGUUGGGUUACAGAACGACUGUCAGGACAUCGAUUGGAGCUACUCCAUACUUAUUAGUAUAUGGAAUAGAAGCAGUCAUACCUACGGAAGUUGAGAUACCUUCAUUAAGAAUCAUCCAAGAAGCUGAAUUGAGUGAUGCAGAUUGGAUUCGCAGGCAGAUUGAUCAGUUAACAUUGAUUGAUGAGAAGAGAAUGGUUGUUGUUUGUCAUGGUCAACUUUAUCAACAGAGAAUGAUUCGUGCUUUCCACAAAAGAGUAAGAGUCAAAAUAUUUGAAGUGGUGUUAUCCGAAGGAGCUUUAGUCCUGUCGGAGAUGGAUGGCAUCGAAUGGCCAAAAUCGAUCAACUCAGAUGCUGUCAAGAGAUACUAUGUGUAA